AUGGAAUAUGCAAAUAAUGGUAAUCUUCAAACUUACCUAGAAAAUAAUUUUGAAAAAUUAAAUUGGAACGAUAAAAAACAAUUGGCUUAUCAAAUUGCGGAUGGAUUAAAUUAUUUGCAUAAUGAAGAUGUUUUACACAGAGAUCUUCACUCUAAAAAUAUUGUUAUUCAUGAUCGUAAUGCUAAAAUUACAGAUUUUGGUAUUUCAAAAAUUGAAUAUAAUUCGUCAAUGCAUAUUGGACCUUUUGGUAAAACUGCUUAUAUGGAACCACAAAUACUUGCCGAUCAAAACUUUGAAUAUAUUAAAGCUUCAGAUAUUUACAGUUUUGGUAUAUUGAUGUGGGAAAUUUCUAGUGGACAAUCUCCAUUUGAAAAUAAAUUUAAUAAUAAUCAGGAUCUUAUCAUCGCUAUUACUUGUUAUGAAACUCGUGAAAUUUCUAUAGCGGAUACACCUGAUGAUUACGAAAAACUAUAUAAAAAAUGCUGGAAACAAGAACCUGAGCAAAGACCAAUUAUUAAAGAAGUAUUAAAAAGAUUUAGUAAGAUGGGCUUUGGAAAAAAUAUUGGCGAUGAUGAAUCAACCAAAGAGAAUAAUUCAGAUCCAGAUUCAAAUAUUGGCGAUUCUAUUCAGUUAAAUACCUUUGAGAAUUUAUCUAUAUCAAAUUUUUAG